AUGCUGAGGGCAGCAGAAGUCCUCCUUUCUGUUGCAACUACUGAAGUUGUGCUGGGCGUCUUAGGGAACUCAGUCAUUGUGCUUGCCAACUGUGUGGACUGGGCCAAGAACAAGAAGCUCCCUAAGAUUGGCUUCCUUCUCACUGGUUUGGCGACUUCCAGGAUUUUUACCAUAUGGAUAAUAACUUUAGAUGCCUGUACAAAGUUAUUCUUUCCGACUAUGCAUUGGUCUAGCAGUCUAACGAAAAGCAUCAGCUACAUAUGGGUGACUGUGAAUCACCUGAAUGUCUGGUUUGCUGCCAGCCUCAGCAUCUUCUAUUUCCUGAAGAUAGCAAAUUUUUCACACUGUGUAUUUCUCUGGUUAAAGAGGAGGACUGAUAAAGUGUUUUUCUUUCUAGUGGGAUACUUGCUAAUCUCAUUGCUAAUCUCCUACUCACUCGUUGUGAAGAUAAUGAAGGAUAAUCAAAUGAGGCAUAUAAACAGAACUUGGGAGAUCUUCCUGGAGAAAAGGGAAACAAUUAUUAACUAUGUUUUAGUCAACAUUGGAAUCAUUUCUCUCUUUAUGAUGACCCUGACUACAUGUUUCUUUUUAAUCAUUUCUCUUUGGAGACACAGCAAGAGGAUGCAAUCUAAUGGCUCAGGAUUCCGAGACCUCAACACAGAAGCUCAUGUGAAAACCAUCAAAGUCUUGAUUUCUUUUAUCAUCCUUUUCAUCUUUCAUUUUACAGGUAUUUCAAUAGAAAUCAUAUGCCUAUUUAUCCCGAAAAACAAGUUGCUCUUUAUUUUUGGUUUCAUAAUGUCAUCCAUGUAUCCGAGUUGUCAUUCAUUUAUUCUAAUUCUAACAAGCAGGCAGCUGAAGCAAGCCUCCGUGAGGGUACUGAAGGGGUUAAAAUGCUGUGAGAAAGGAAGAGAUCUCAGGACCACGUGUCCCACAGUGGCUGUUACCCGGGGAUAUUUGAAGAAGCAAAACUGUUUGGAGGAGUGGAUGUGGCUCUGUAACCAAUACCCAGAAUUUCAGAGGCCAUCUGUCGGAGAAGGGACGAGAGCAACGACGAGAGGAUCACCACGCUGUUCAGCCCCGGGUAUUCGAAAUGAAGCAGUCACGGAUCAAUUGGAGCUGAGAAAAAGAUUCUGCUGGGGAACGCAUUCAAAGCAACAGCGUCUGAUCAAAGCAGAGAGUGGACCCAGGCCAGGAUCUGAGUGA